GUUCUGCUUGUGUUCAUUGUGCAGGGGAAAUGCCAGGAGUACAGACGACGUCACCGUGUAUCUUCUUUUCGGCCAGUGGAGGAUAUCACCGAAGAGGACUUAGAAAAUGUCGCCAUAACUGUUCGAGAUAAAAUCUAUGAUAAAGUUCUGGGUAACACAUGCCAUCAGUGUCGACAGAAGACCAUCGACACCAAGACGGUGUGUCGGAACCAGGGUUGCGGUGGUGUGCGGGGACAGUUCUGUGGACCAUGCCUGCGGAACCGCUAUGGGGAGGAUGUCAGAUCAGCAUUGCUGGACCCGGAUUGGGUGUGUCCUCCCUGUCGUGGGAUCUGCAAUUGCAGCUACUGUCGGAAGCGUGACGGCCGCUGUGCCACAGGAAUCCUCAUUCAUCUGGCCAAGUUUUAUGGUUAUAACAAUGUUAAGGAAUAUCUGGAGAGCUUACAGAAGCAGCUGGUAGAAGACAAUUAACAGGAAAAUGGAACUAGCCACCUCACCAUAGACUACUCCAGUGAGACAUGCAUACCAUUUGUGCCUAACAUUUUUUACAUUUGUGUUUUUAUAUAGAAAUUCUUCAUAGAGAUUACUGUUUCUAAAUACUAUUUUUUUAAAAAAGAUUGUUUAUAUGCUUACAGACAUUUCUCAGGACGACAGCAGAGCAGAGGAAUCUAGAUAGUUGUAUACACAGAC